AUGAGUGAGACGGGUCAACUUCCAAAUUUGGCGUCAGAUGCUGUUUUGAAACAUUCUGUACCGGUACCUGAAGAUUUCGUUGAAGUGAAGGGAAUAGACUACUCACAAGACAAUGCAUACAAUAUGUCAGCUAAAGAUUUGAUAUCGUCCAUGUCUAAGAUGGGGUUCCAAGCAAGUUCAUUAUCACAGGCAUGUAACAUAAUAGACCAAAUGAGAAGCUGGAGGGGGAAACACAAGUCUGAAUUGCAAGAGCAUGAGCAAAUUGGAGAGUUUGAUGACUCGGGAAGGCAAAAAACCACUAUAUUUAUGGGAUAUACUUCGAAUUUGAUCUCGAGUGGCCUAAGAGACACGUUACGCUAUUUGGUACAACAUAAGAUGGUAAGUGCUAUAGUAGCUACUGCAGGUGGGAUAGAGGAAGAUUUGAUCAAAGUCCUAGCACCUACGUACAUGGGAGAUUUUACAUUACCAGGUAAAGGACUAAGAGACCAAGGAAUGAACCGGAUAGGCAACUUGUUGGUACCCAAUGAUAACUACUGUAAGUUUGAAGAGUGGAUCAUUCCAAUUUUCAAUAAAUUGUUACAGGAACAACAAGAAGCUCUUGCCCAAGAAGGAGCCAAUGCAUUGGAUGCAAAUUCAAGUGCAAUCUUGACACCAUCAAAGCUUAUUGAUAGACUAGGCAAAGAAAUCAACGAUGAAAGCUCAGUUUUGUACUGGGCUCAUAAAAACAAGAUACCUAUAUUUUGUCCAGCUUUAACGGAUGGUUCUAUAGGAGACAUGCUAUUCUUUCACACGUUCAAGUCAUCUCCGCAACAACUUCGAUUAGAUAUAGUUGCUGACAUCAGAAAAAUCAAUUCAAUGGCUAUGGCUGCUUCAAGAGCAGGAAUGAUUAUUUUAGGAGGUGGGUUAAUAAAACAUCAUAUUUGUAAUGCAUGUUUAAUGAGAAACGGCGCAGAUUAUGCAGUAUAUAUUAAUACGGGACAAGAGUUUGACGGAUCAGAUGCCGGUGCUAGACCCGAUGAGGCUAUUAGCUGGGGUAAGAUCAAGGUCGAUGCUCAAUCGGUGAAAGUUUAUGCAGAUGUAAGUUUAGUGUUCCCAUUGAUUGUUGCUGCAACUUUCGCUAGUGAAAGGCCAUAA